UGAAACCAGCGAAAUGCAACGAAAUGGAGAGCAGUGAAACACAAGCGUAUUCAAGAGUCCAAUUGCAUAAAUUGCUUAAAAGAAGAAAAAGGAAAAAAAAGUCCAAUUGCAUGCUGGGUAUGACAAAUUCAUACUUAGUGGUAGGUCUGCACUAAUAUUUAAAGACCUCUCUGCCUCUCACGCCCCCCAGUAAAGAAGUACUAUUUGAGAAGCGCUUCUUUUAUACAGUGAGAUGGACACGUCUGCCCCCUCCUGUACAGCAGGGGGCGCUAGCAAUACAUUCGGCUGUCCAACUUCCGCCAGGCAGCAAAGAAGAAAGGUCGCGGGCUCCGAUUUUGAACCAAGAAAAGCAGCUGCACGUGUGACUAAAAUGUCCGAAGGGGAUAAAUUUCAAGACUUUGAGGAGACGCUGGAAGCACUGGUGGCCGUCAGCAGCAGUCAGGCUGACAAACUGGAACAAGUGAAGAAUGAGCUUCAGACCUUUUUUGACCAGCACGUGGAGAUCAAAAGGAUCAUGACGCAGAUUUUAAAAGAUGUGGCUCAAGAGGAGGAGAAAGUUGGCCAGAGACUCAUUGACAUGGAGGAGGGGAAGAAGCUAAGAGAGGAAGAGCUGGAUAGUCUGGAGGAGCAGCUGAGGCGGUGCACGGCCAAGAGCCAGACGAUGGACUCAGAAUUACAGUUUCUGCAGAGUGAGUUGGAAAGGCUGAGGAGCUCAGAAGAAGAGCUCAACACUCUUAGGAACGAGGUGGACGAGGACACCACUGAGGUCAUCCCAUCUGCAAUAUAUGUCGCGAAGCUGUUCCACGUAAUAACGAAGAUCAAGUGGGAGUAUGACACGGAGCCACACAUCCUAAAAGGAGUGCAUUACGGGCCAGACCUGGCAACACCCAUUUAUUUUGACACCUCUGCGGUGUCCCGUAGCGACGUAAGCGAUAAGUUGUGGAACUUUGUGAGCGCUGAAUGGUAAAUGCGACAUUGAUUCAUGACCGCUCCUUUCUUUUUCUUUUCUUCUUGUCACUCAGUCGUUGAUUAUCAGUAAUGUACUUGUCAAUACCUGAUUGGAACUUUAUACUUCAAUGAAUGAAUCCAAUUCAUUUUUAUGCUUUUAUUUAGCCCGUGAUGGAACUCUUAAAUAAUAAACUCAUUCAGUUGUUC